AACAGUGCGCGCCGCGCUCCGCCCAGCUCCGUUCCGCUCCGCAGAGCCAGUGCGGACAGGGCGCGGGGAGGGCGGCAGUCGGCCGGGGCCUUCGCAACCACGCGCUCCCUCCGCUGCGGGACCUGGGCCCCGGGGUGGCUCCCUAGAGCCCCGAGAGGGCGAAGGGCGGGAGCAGGGUUGGGACUGACGGCGAGGGAGGGAACGAGAAGCCAGCUGAGCCGCGUGCGCCGGCGCGCGCAGCUCCGGGUCCCCCAGCCCGGGCCCGGGCCCGUCGCCGCUUGACUCCAGUUGCCCUCGGGAAGGACGGUGCACCUACGAUCCGUCGGGGACCACGGCCACUCGGCGGUAGUCCAGGGACCGAGUCCACGCGACGGCCCACGCGGGACAGGCCUUUGGAUGAGAGAGAGCUGACAGAAGCCGAACCCCACCUUCUCUGCGUGCUGGGGAACAGGGCUACACAGCCCCAGUGGCACCCAUGCCGAAGAACAGCAAGGUGACCCAGCGUGAACACAGCAAUGAGCAUGUCACCGAGUCCGUGGCUGAUUUGCUGGCCCUCGAGGAGCCUGUGGACUAUAAGCAGAGUGUACUGAAUGUGGCGGGAGAGACAGGUGGCAGGCAGAAGGCGGCGGAGGAGGAGCUGGACGCGGAGGACCGGCCAGCCUGGAAUAGUAAGCUGCAGUACAUCCUGGCCCAGAUCGGCUUUUCUGUGGGCCUGGGCAACAUCUGGAGGUUCCCCUACCUGUGCCAGAAAAAUGGAGGAGGUGCCUACCUGGUGCCCUACCUGGUGCUGCUGAUCAUUAUUGGCAUCCCCCUCUUCUUUCUGGAGCUGGCUGUGGGCCAGAGGAUCCGCCGUGGCAGCAUCGGCGUGUGGCAUUACGUGUGCCCCCGCCUGGGGGGCAUCGGCUUUUCCAGCUGUAUUGUCUGCCUCUUCGUCGGGCUGUACUACAAUGUGAUCAUUGGGUGGAGUGUCUUCUACUUCUUCAAGUCUUUCCAGUACCCCCUGCCCUGGAGCGAAUGUCCUGUCAUUAGGAAUGGGACUACAGCAGUGGUGGAACCUGAGUGUGAGAAGAGCUCAGCCACUACCUACUUCUGGUACCGAGAGGCCUUGGACAUCUCCAACUCCAUCUCAGAGAGUGGAGGCCUCAACUGGAAGAUGACACUCUGCCUCCUCGUGGCCUGGAGCAUCGUGGGCAUGGCAGUAGUCAAGGGCAUCCAGUCCUCUGGAAAGGUCAUGUAUUUCAGCUCCCUCUUCCCCUACGUGGUGUUGGCCUGCUUCCUGGUUCGGGGGCUGCUGCUGCGAGGGGCGGUUGAUGGCAUCCUGCACAUGUUCACUCCUAAGCUGGACAAGAUGCUGGACCCCCAGGUGUGGCGGGAGGCAGCCACACAGGUCUUCUUCGCCCUGGGGCUGGGCUUCGGAGGUGUCAUCGCCUUUUCCAGCUACAACAAGCAGGACAAUAACUGCCACUUCGAUGCUGCCCUGGUGUCCUUCAUCAACUUCUUCACCUCGGUGCUGGCCACCCUCGUGGUGUUUGCUGUGCUGGGCUUCAAGGCCAACAUCAUGAAUGAGAAAUGUGUGGUCGAGAAUGCUGAGAAAAUCCUAGGGUACCUCAACUCCAACGUCUUGAGCCGGGACCUCAUCCCACCCCAUGUCAACUUCUCACACCUGACCACCAAGGACUACUCGGAGAUGUACAACGUCAUCAUGACGGUUAAGGAAAAGCAGUUCUCAGCCCUGGGCCUGGAUCCCUGCCUCCUGGAGGAUGAGCUGGACAAGUCUGUGCAGGGCACAGGCCUGGCCUUCAUCGCCUUCACUGAGGCCAUGACACAUUUCCCGGCCUCCCCCUUCUGGUCUGUCAUGUUCUUCCUGAUGCUCAUCAACCUGGGCCUGGGCAGCAUGAUCGGGACCAUGGCAGGAAUCACCACACCUAUCAUCGACACCUUCAAGGUGCCCAAGGAGAUCUUCACAGUGGGCUGCUGUGUCUUUGCAUUCUUCGUGGGGCUGUUGUUCGUCCAGCGCUCCGGAAACUACUUUGUCACCAUGUUUGAUGACUACUCGGCCACCCUGCCACUCACCGUCAUCGUCAUCCUUGAGAACAUCGCUGUGGCCUGGAUCUAUGGAACCAAGAAGUUCAUGCAGGAGCUAACGGAGAUGCUGGGCUUCCGACCCUACCGCUUCUACUUCUACAUGUGGAAGUUUGUGUCUCCGUUGUUCAUGGCUGUUCUCACCACAGCCAGCAUCAUCCAGCUGGGGGUGUCCCCCCCAGGCUACAGUGCCUGGAUUAAAGAGGAGGCUGCUGAGCGCUACCUGUACUUCCCCAACUGGGCCAUGGCACUGCUGAUCACCCUCAUUGCGGUGGCCACCCUGCCCAUCCCUGUGGUGUUCAUCCUGCGGCACUUCCACCUGCUCUCCGACGGCUCCAACACCCUCUCGGUGUCCUACAAGAAGGGCCGGAUGAUGAAGGACAUCUCCAAUCUGGAGGAGAAUGAUGAGACCCGCUUCAUCCUCAGCAAGGUGCCCAGUGAGGCACCCUCCCCCAUGCCCACCCACCGCUCCUAUCUGGGGCCCGGCAGCACAUCACCCCUGGAGACCAGCGGCAAUCCCAACGGACGCUAUGGAAGUGGCUACCUCCUGGCCAGCACCCCCGAGUCAGAGCUGUGACCACUGCUCCAUCCUGCCUGCCUCCCCUCAAUACCCAACCUGCCCACUUGGCUGGGCCUGGCCUCUUCCUCCCUGGUAGCCACCAGACCCGGGCCAAUCCAAGGAGAGAGGAUCUGCCCUGCCUUGUUCCCCACCCAAGUCCCAGCAGACUCCCUGCCUAUGAGCAGGGGACUGGGGACAAUUCCACCCCCUUUUCCAGGCCUCCACCCCAUGUAACUUUUUGAGAACUGUUGCCAAGUAGCAGCCAUGUAACCACACCAGUCCCAGUAUGGGGGAGCUUCAAGUGGGCACCUUAGGAGUCGCCACCCCCUUCUCCCUGUAAACCUACCACUUGCAGUUCUCAGGUCUUGGGGGGGGGGGUCACUUUGUGCUGCUGGUCAUGGCGGUAGUGGGCAGAGGCUUUGGGGCCGAGGGCGCAGGAGGCAGACUUGAGCCCAGUCUGCUGUAAGAACAGGAUGCAUCAUCCUGUCCAACCCAGCGUGGCUGCUCCUGAGCGGAGACGGCGGAUAGGGACACGUGUGUCAGGACUCAGGCGUUGACUUGGCAGGAGGUGGACGGAAGCCCCUCGAUUCUGUCUCAUGAGAUAGGCGGUACCCUCAGGCUCGGACAGGAACCUUGGCCUUGUGAAAGGAACGACUCUGCAGCCAGCUCACGGGAUCUUCGAAAUGUCUCUGUUUUCCCCUGCCAGGGGCAGAUGGGGUAUGUUCCCGAGUCUGCCUGGGAGCAUGGUGGAGGGGGUCACCUUAACUAGGGGUUAGCCACUUUUCAAUCUCCACUAUCCAGCCUGGAGCCAGGGGCAGUGGUCUUUGCCUCUGUCCCGGAGAGAGAAGGGGCAGUGCAUGGUGAGGUUUCCAGAGCACAAUUUGUAGGUUCCCAGCACAAUCUAGCUUUAGAGCACAAGCGAAACACUCUCUUCCGCUCUCGUCUGGAGCUCGGAUUUCCUCUUUAGUGGCAGCUUCUCCCCUGGAAUGGGGGUUCCUGGAGUUCAGGGCCACGUCACCGGGAACCCUCGUUUCUAGGGAGAGAUGGGUAAUUUCACCGCCCCUUUGGGCUGCCACUCACUCUUCUUGUUGCAAAGCACAGCCACCAGUGUGCACGUCAUCGUCACGUGCACCUUGGAAACCUCCCCCAAACUCCCCUAGCCUGUCCAGAGAAGUGGCACAGGUAAUUCUGGGCAGGAGGCUCCCGGGGUGGGGGUGGGGUGUUAGGAAGGUGUGGGGGCAAAGCAGAGCCUCUGGCCGUAGGCCCCGAAGGAAGAUGCAGCCUCUGGCUGUGUCUCUGACCUCCUUUCAAAGCUCCCCUGGGAGAGGGGCUGUUUCCGAGCAGCCUGUGAGGACUCAGAAGCUGACCUGAGAAUCUGAGUAUCUCCACAGUAUAACCUCAGAGAGAAGGUGUAUGAAUAUAUAUGGCUGGCAGACUGCGAUGGACGGACGGAUGGAUGGGUAGGUGGAUAGAUGUCUCUGCCUUUGAAAGUUCUGGUGGGCAGGAACAGACCUGGGCACCUUUCAGAGUUUCCUGGGUCAUUUUUGUGGCCCUGAGUUCCCUCAGUACGGAGAGCGGCAGACUGGGACCAUGUGCCCACGGUCUGCUCCUAUACCUCCUGGUUACCUCCCUUCCUAGCCUGAGAGGUCCAUCCCCCCAGCCUGCCGGCUCUCUUUCCCCUCAGUUCCUCACACCUUCUCUCCCUUCUGGGUCCCAUCUGUCCUAGUCUUUAAGGUGAGAGGGAGUCCGCAUCUCCCUAAAGAGAUGAGCUUUUGGGUCACAGCAUCCCAUUAUCGGCCCCCUCACCUGACAACACCUCCUACUUGGCCCCAUGCCUAGUCCCAAGCAGAAUUAGAAGACGGGAAAACCAGGCCCCAGCCGAGACGCCACCAUCCAUUCUCCUCUCCACGCUAUUUCUGUUGUACAUUCAAUCUGUACAUGUGGGUGUGAACGCUGUGAAAUGACAAACCCCAUAUUAUACUGUGGCUGGUGGACUAUUUUCAUCCUCAGUGCUGUACAGAUCUAUUUUCAUUGUAUAUUUGAUAUAUUUUUAAUUUUGUAGCAUGGCUGGGCCAAGCCCCAGCCUGUGAGCUUGCAGUGAGUGGGGGGAGGGGGAGCUGAGCCAGGGCUGUUUGCUUAUGCAUUGUGGGCUCUGUAGUGUUUGUUACAGUCUUCUGCAGUAGGCCAGAGCCUGCCCUGGCUCCUCUGCAUCUUUGCUGCGAGUUGGACAUAGGACCCAGCUCUCUCUCUCUCUCUCUCUCUCUCUCUCUCUCUCUCUCUCUCUCUCGUGUGUGUGUGUGUGUGUGUGUGUGUGCUACAUUGGUAGGUGUGAGUGCAUAAGGUGCUGAUCUGUGACGCCCCCCCCCCACUCCCCAGUGUUCACCACUUCUGAAGACCCGGGUCUUUCUCUCAGCUCUCUGGGGGAGGCCUCAGGACAGGUGCUUCUGAGAGACUAGCUGUGGGGAAAGGCAUGUGUUUCCUACAGGUGACUCAUUGUCAUGACACCUUUGGUGGGAAGGAGGGCCUGGGUGGGGAGAAAGCCCCGUGUAUUUUCCAGUCAACCUUCUGUUGCCCACACUGGAGUCACAUGGUCUUCGGCAGACAGUACUGGGUUUCUUGGGGUGGCUGCCUGAGGGAGGCGGCUCUGGGCCCUUCUGUCCUGCAUUUGUCCUUGAGAAACAGUCCUGAGUGCCCAAGAAAACAGCAGCUGCUGCUUAGACCUCUGCUGGUUUCUUGGGAGAGCUGAGGCGGAGCCAGCAGACCAUCGAAGACCCAGCCUCCGCUUCCUUGGAGGAACUGGCAGCGAGGGCCAGGUCUCCAAGACUUGGCCAAGGGUCCCCACUGCCACCAGUUGAUGCUGCCCAUACAGUGCCCACCAGGAGACAAGGGGUUUCAGGGGCUGUGAGUCAGUUGAGUUGGGCAGAGGUACACCUAAGGAUUCCUUGUUUCUGCCUGUCUCCCAGCCCCAGGCACCAGGAGCCCUCAGCCCUCCUCAGGGAGAUAGCAUGAAGCCUGAGGCCCAGUUUGGGUGGCGGGGGAGACAGGAGGCACAGAAGGUAAUGCGGGUGAGCUUGGCUUCUGCCAUCAAGCAAUAAAUCUUCAGGGGCUGCUGCUUUUAAAGUGCCAGGAAACGCCCUCCAGAGGCAGCCUGUGUGAGCCCCGAGUCAGACCCCAUGCAGGCCUGCAGUAUUACAGGCAGGGAUGGCCCUUCUUCCCUUCCUCACCACACCCCUCCCCCAGCCAGCACAGGCCCCACUGUGAAAAGAGGAGAGCGAGAAGAUUGCAAUACACCCGACUGGACUCUGUGCACUGCUGGGUCCCUCCUCUUAGGUCUGGAAUGCCAGGGAGUGGGGAGGAGGGCCCAGGGUCAUUUCUCACGACAAGUCCUGCUUUGUACAGACCUAUCAGGCAAUCCCUUCAGGUCCUGGCACAGGUUCAGAACAGUUUUAAGUCCAUGUGUCCUGGAUUGGUCAGAGCCCUGAGACUGGAUACUCAGCCCAGGAGAAGGGAUGAGUCCUUGUCAUGCCAGGGCCCCUCCUCCAUCUCCCUUACCCUGGUGUACAAUAAAGUGUCUGUUCUUACCA